AUGCGGCUGCUGGGGGCGUCUGCGGGGGACGGCCUCACGCACAUCACGCCAUGCACGAUCCGCACAGCUGGAUUUGCCCCCCGAAGGGUUAAUGAGACAUUUACGUAUCGUUUGAUGCUCUCAGCCCCAGCGCCGCCCAGCCGGCUUUGCCGGGGGAGUGGUUUCCCCGCGCCGGCAGCGGCGGGGCCGGUACGCGGGCUGGGAGGUGCCGCGGCGGCGGUGCCAGCGCCCGGCCCGGGAGGAUGCGGACGCGCUGACGGAGCUGCCGGCUCCCCUCUGCCGCCGUGCAUGGGAGGCGGGCGGCUGCCGCCUCGCCUCGCUUCGCCUGCCCCGCCGUCGCUUUUUGGAUUUGACAGAGACUUGGUUUUACACGACACUUCAUCGGCGACGUGAACGCCUGCAGCAAGGACAGUUUUUGGAAGUGACAUCCAUUGAUGUGAUUGAAG